GAUCAUCAGUAAUAAGACCUUUACAACUUUUUUUGAAACUUCACUAUACAAAUUAUCUGGCAUUUAUUUUUCAAGUGUGUUUCUUCACUCAAUCUUUUAGAUUUUAUUUUAAAAUCGCGAUUUUGUAAAUGGAAGAAACAAUGCACGUACCAGAAGUUGUACUCAACUGUGGCUACAAAAUGCCUUUGUUAGGCAUGGGAACUGCUGCGUAUCCCAUGCCGAUAGAUGACUUGACAUCUAUUUUGGUUGAGGCCAUUGAGACAGGAUACCGCCAUUUUGACACCGCCGCGCUUUAUGGGUCAGAGGAGGCCGUGGGGAGAGCAGUGGCGGAAGCAAUAGACCGAGGCAUUAUAAAGAGUCGCCAACAAGUGUUUAUUACUUCUAAGUUAUGGUGCACCCAGGCACACCCUCAAUUUGUCCUUCCUGCUCUCAAAAACACACUUGGGAAAUUGGGGCUAGAGUAUGUUGACUUGUAUUUAAUACAUUGGCCUGUAAGUAUGAAACCAGGACCAGUUGAUAUGCUCAAAUUCAAAAAGGAAGAUAUUGUUCCUUUUGAUAUGAAAGGGGUAUGGAAAGCAAUGGAAGAGUGCUGCAGGUUGGGCCUAGCAAAGUCUAUUGGUGUCAGCAAUUUCAGUUGUACCAAACUCUCACAACUCCUCCAAAUUGCUAACAUUCCUCCUGCAGUUAAUCAAGUAGAAAUAAAUGUGGCAUGGCAGCAGCAAAAAUUACUAGAGUAUUGUAAAGAGAAAGGUGUUCAUGUAAGCGCUUACUCUCCAUUGGGAUCCAAAGGUGCCUCUUGGAAUAGCCCAAUCAUCAAUGACAUCGCAACUGCUAAACAAAAGAGUAUCCCUCAGGUGGCACUGAGAUGGAUAUAUGAACAAGGGGCAAGUGUGAUAGUGAAGAGCUUUAACAAAGAGAGAAUGAAACAAAACCUCGAAAUAUUUGAUUGGGAACUUAGCAAUGAAGAUAAUUUCAAAAUUCAAGAUAUACCUCAGAAAAAGGGAUAUAACGGAGAGGAUUUUACUCAUCCAAACGGCCCCUAUAAAUCUGUGGAUGAAAUUUGGGAUGGAGAAAUCUGAAACUUCAUCAAGUUCAGCGGCAUAGUGUAAUUUACAUAACUUUCCUGCUAUACUUUUUCUCAUUGAAUAAUUGCCAUGCACCUUAAUUAGCUGUGUCAAA